AUGCGGUUUAAGAACAAGAAUCUCAAAAGAAGAUUCAAGCUUCCCAGAUCAAGCCCAACACAGACGCAAUCUCAGAGACCACCAAGUCAAGCCACCAAAGUACAGUUUUACCAGAAUUGCUUCAUCGUCGCAUUCUCUUCUCUCAUGGGAACGAUCUGGUUUACCGGCAAAAUCUUCUUCGAGGAUCGCAAUAAGAUCGCACGCCUAAAGAAUGAGAACGACAAUUGGAGGACUUGGUGGAAUGAGGAAGGAAGAUAUAUCGCGAGCACAGGCAACGAAAUGCGUCAAGGAGCAGGAGCUGGGAACAUUGAGAAUGAAGGCAAUAUAACUUCCGGAUUUGACAGAAGAAACGAGCAGGCCAAGGCUACAGAAGAACUAAUUACUUUUAACGAGAGGCUAUAUAGAGAGAAUGAGGAAGUAAAAAAAGAUUUGAGGGAACUUUUGGUCUGGGUCGAGAAAAGGGGACAGGAAGGAGUUUGGAAGAAUUAG